ACAAGACUUCUUCUUUAGUAUUUCUCUCUAAUACACUCCAUUCUCUCAAAAGAGCUCCAAGUGUAGACUAUUGCUUACUUAAGUAUCGAAGUGUCUACCCCGAGAACCACCCUCGUGACUUUGCAGGAGGGCUUUUAGGUUCUGGUAUGAGUAAACUAUAAAAGUUUUUGACUUCUUUGUUCCAAUAGUUUCUUGGCAAAUUAAGGGAGCAUUUAACUUAAUUUAAUGGUUCAGUGAUGAUGUCUUUUUUGGGUCUAGUCCAGUCAGGUUUCAUAAGAGAGGCCUAUAAUGAUAUCAAGACCCAUGUUACUUGUCUUUCUAUUGCUUGUGCUUAUAAUUACCUCUCAGUUUGAGUGGAGACAACAACUCGUUGUUGACAUAGACCCGACACCUAGCAUUACCGAGAAACAGCAGUCAAUUUCAAAGAGGGAAAAAGCUGUUAAAGAGAAGUCCACUAAGUUUAUAUCAUCGACUUCAGUGAUGGAGGCAGUUCUUGGAUUUAUAGUCAACAUCAUUGUUUUCAGAUGCAUCCUGCUUGAGCUCAUAACAGACUUGACCAAGCCAUUAGAUAAGGAUUGGCAAAUGUGAUCUACUGACUGUGCUCAAGAGACUGCAACCACCAAAGGGUUUAUUACUUAUGAUCCCCCAUUUCAUGAAUCUAAUUGGUUCAGUUUGCUUUAACAGUCACCUAACUUGAUUCUGUUAUUACUUAUGAGUUUCCACUUGAGGGAUGGUGUAAAUGGACAUUACAUGAUUUCAUCUUGGUUAAUAUACCGUGCCAACCUGUUAUCAAUGAGGUUAUUUUGCAUUAUUGGAAAACUUGUACCAGUUAUUCCAGUAGGGUGGUUUGUUCUCAUUGUGAUUUGUCUCAUACCCUGUUCAGUUUUAACUUUUGUAAUUUCUAAUCCAAUCGCUCCAGAUAAUCUUAUCACAAGAGAAAAACAUUCAAAGACUUAAUGAGCUCGUGCAGAGUCUUCAGCAGCAACUGUUGCAGUGCAAGACCAGUAACAGAACAAUAAAUGCCACCAUGAGCCACUUGGCUGAACGUGUUAUUGAUCAUGGACCACAGAAGAUCCUGGAGGACUAGAAUAGGGCAUCUUAAAACUAUCUUAUUAUGGUAUGAAGUUGUAAGAUUUUGCCUUUUCAUACAAAUUCACUUAGAAGUUCAACGCCACGUGUUUCCUUUUCUU